UCUUCAGUCGCAACAGCAAAGGAAUUUCAAAAUCUCGCUUUUCACAUAAUUUUGCCAACUUUUAGGGUAUCUACAAUGCCACACUUCAAAAUCAAGUUAGAAGACGCCGUACGGGCUGUCAGUCAAGCCAUCGCGACGGUGCUAAAAUACUCCUCAAAUGCGACUUUCAUCAGCACUUGCCUCAGCCGCCUCCAGGCGAGCAGCCCGGCCGAGGCAGAGCACCGCGUGGCGCUGCACCUCUGGUCGAUCCUGCACAGGCACCAGGGCGCCUCCAUCCCCCUGGAGAUCGCGCACGAGCUCACCAUGGUGCCCUUGUGCCAGGACCAGCUUUCGGUGAGGUUAUUCACGUGCCGAGACGACGACGCCGCCACCGAGGAACGCCAAGGAUCCGGCCAGGGAAACGACUCGCCAGCUGAUCUGUUCAUGGAUGAUGGGAGGGACGAUCUCCUUUUCAAGCUGGCCACGUCUGACCUGCGGAUGCACUCUGCAGGAGGAACGACGGCUGCCCACGUCGCUCCCCAAUCACAGGCCAGCCCGGGCGCGUCUGCUCUGAAUGCACAGGAUGCACACACUCCAGUUUCCCCGCCACUCCUUCAGAGUCACAGACCGAGAGGCAAUGGAGAGCAGAGUCUAUUGUCGGACGACGUGCUUAUCGUUGAGCAAGCAGAUAAGGAAGGAGCAGCUGGGCCGCCAUCGCCCGACGAGGACAAAGAGGAGAUCCUUCGAGGUGGAAUCGCGCAUGACAGCCAGGAUCUUCUGCAGGACGUGUCAGCGCUGGGGAGCAGCUGGGGCAGCCUCUCGGCGCGCGUCCUGUGUGACCCGACGCCCAGCGAGCCUUCUCUGCAAUUUUCUCGUCUGGAUUGUCUUGAAGAAAGUCAGCUGAUGGCCGACUUUUCCCCCGAAGAAGAGGAAGACUUUACUGCAGCCGAUGGAUGUGAUCUGGAACCAUAUUGCCAGAGUGAUUCCAAAGAGCGUAUUGAUCAAGCUCUCUUCUUGCUCUCGCAAACGCCGACGCCCUCAGCGCAGGAGGAGGCCUACGCUAAUACCAAGCGGCUGAUGGAGAGAGCCCUGGCCGACCUCUCGGAAUGCAUGGCCGAGGACGACCCUGCAGCCCGGAAGAAUCCUUGGUGGUGUCCCCUGCCGAGCCAACAAGUGGAACCCCAACCCCCCCUGCCAGACAUGGGGAACUCCAGUAUUUCUUUAAACACCACCAAAGAAAGCGAAUCCGUGUCAAUUUUGAGAGAUCUGGACAAGACAAAACCCUCUGGAUGUUAUAGGCAUUCAUGA